AAAAGCAAAGUGAAAAGCCGCAAAUCACGUCCUUCGCGUACGCAAUCAAUCAUUUGUUUACAACUACAACAAUCACCGUCAGCAGAAUGUUCAUAAAAAGCUGUAGAUCCUGCUGACCCUGCGACAGGACGAAUCAAAUUGUGUAAGACACUUUUAUGUCAACGCGAACAUCCAAUAGCCUCGUUAAUUGGUUACUUUUCCGCUAAUGUAGCGAACAGAUAUUAACCGAGCAGACGUCUUGGCUGUCACGUUUUUACUCCGGUCCUGACGAUUUCGCGCCCACGGUGGUGGCGUCGGGCGCACGUUAUCGCCGUUUUAAAUUUUUUGACCAUCAAAUUUGUUAGAAUUCAGUUGUUACGAGCUUUUAUUAAAUAUGGAUUCUGAGGUGAAGCCUGUUUCGGAAGAGAACAAUGUCUCAGAAACUAAAGUUGAGCCCAGUGAUGGAGGUGGCGGUGGUGAUGCUGACACUGUGUUAAAGAACACAGAGACAAAGUCCACUACAGAUGUAAGGGAGGAGGUCAAAGAGAAAGAGGAAGAAAAGGAGGAAGAGAAGGAAGAGGAUAAGGCAGAACUAAAGGAAGAAGUUCAGGAAGAAGACAAGGAUGAAGAGAAGGCUGAUGUAAAGGAGGAAGAGGUUGGAAAGGAAGAGGAGGAGGUAGAAGAAGAGGAAGAGAAGGAACCUCCUGUGCCGCUUCUGGAGCGUUCACCGGAGACCACGGGCCGGCGCGAGCGUAAGACUGUGCAGCGGUUCGUGCAGCAGACGCGCGAGGAGUCCAAGCGUGGCGCACACGUGCUGGAGGAGGGCACGGGAGAGAAGCUGGGCGACUGUCCCGUCAUCGCCCACAACAUCGCGAUGGGCCGCCCGGACGAUGUGCGCGCGCUUCAUCAAAUCAUCUUCUCGCGUCCCGGCCGGCCGUAUGAGUUCCGACGCAACCUGCGUGCCUUCCGCGGCUUCGCCUUCAAGGAGGGUACUCCGGCUUUCACUAAGAAGAAGGAGAACCUUGAGAAGUACCGGCUAGAUGUGCUGCGCUCUCUGAGCAAGAUCCUCGAUCUGGACAAGAAGAGCGGCUCGCGCGAGGAGCUGGCGCUGAGCAUCCUCCAGUUCCUGUGCGACCCCAAACCGUCCGGCCGCGAGGUGAAGAAGAAGAGAAGGAAGAGGAAGUCCAAGGGCGGCGCCGGCUCGGCCAAGAAGCCCAAGAAGCCGAAGAGCGCUGACGCCGCCGACGACAGCGACUCGGAUGAGGGCGAAGAUGAUGAUGAGGACGACGAUGACGAUGAAGAUGGGGAGGAGGAGGCGGAGGCAGAGAAGGAAACGCCUAAGAAAAAGAAAGCGACUCCGAAGAAGACGCCCGCCAAGAAAACUCCCAAGGAAAAGAAGACGCCGGCCAAAGGUUCCGCCAAGAAGCCCGCGGCCAAGAAGACUCCGAAGAAGCGUAAGAAGGGCGACGCCGACGCAGGCUCGUCCAGCGAGGACGACGAGCCCCUGGUGAAGAAGUCCAAGACUAACAAGCCUCCCACGGAUAACGACAUCAAGGCGGUGGUGCGGAAGCUGCUGGACGGAGCCAACCUCGAGGAGGUCACCAUGAAGAACAUCCUCACCAAGGUCUACGCCAAGUACCCCGAGCACGACCUCACGGCGCGCAAGGACUUCAUCAAGGCCACCGUCAAAGCGUUGAUAUCGUGAUCAGCACCCGAUUCCGGUGGGAGGCGCCGUGCCCUCCCCAUCGUCACCGCCCUCGGUCGCGUCGAACUGUGACCCGGGUCACCCAGUGGCCCCUCCGGUCGGGGCGCGACCGCACCCGGGCAGCGUAGUGCGCCGCGCCGCCGACCGCGGCUGCUCUGUGAAUAUGCCGCCUGUCCAGCGCUCGCUAAUUAACCCGCUCACGCUUUUAUAUGUAGUCUGACCAGCUGAAUUAACUUGUUUUGCGGGAAAGCGACGUUUAGUUGCUCCCUGAUUCCGUGUCGGCGGCGUGUUUUGUCCGUGUUUGUAGGGUUCUGAUUGCGCGGCUGCGGGGUGUUUGUGCGUGUGUUUGGUUCGGUGUUUGUGUCGUGCCCGCGGUCGGCCGCCGCCGGAGGGUGCCUGUGGGCGUGUGACCGGAUCUCAGUACAAGCUCCCUGCGCGGGAGGACCGACAGAUCCGCUGUGCGCCGCUAGGCGUCCGUGGCCCGUGCGGGCUCCAGGUGUCAUUCAUCGCCAUCAUCGCGCCCAUCACUACACCUUCUGGCUACCAUCUCAAUACAGCUGGCAGUGGA